GGCGUUGGGUGGACUUCACGAGCAGCUCUUGCCAGCCCUUCAACGGUGAGUGGCGGAUGCUGCACGCAGUCGAGGGAAACGGGCAUGUACGGGCCCGCUGCCACCAGUCCUUGCAUCGCUCUUCCACCUCCAUCUCCCCCUCCACCCCAGCCUCCACUCGUCACCGCACCGCACCCAUUCCGACUACAAUUCUUCACCGCCGCUACACUCUCUCACCAUGCUGCUCAUCGCCCUCAUCCUCGCCAUCUUCGGCGUGUCAGUCACCAGCGUCAACAUCACGGGCCCGCUGUACCAGAUCAAGACCGAACUCCAGCCGUCUUCGGCCAACAAGACGAGCUACAACAACCUCUGGCUCUACCCCUUUCACACUGGCGCCGGUCUCAGCGACGCCACCUUCCGCGAGUCUCAGGGCGGCGCCAGCAAAGCCUUCUUCAGCCCAACCAACGUCACCGGCCAGGACAACCUGCUCUUCGACUUCGGCAGCACCUUCACCUUCGCUCUCAAGAUGAUCCCCAACCAGAAGUUCUACUCCGCUUGGCAGCCCGUCGAAAUGAACGCUGGUGUGCACGGCAGCAAGACCGAUGUCUCGGGCUUCUUUGUCAACGAGACUGGAUUGCAGUGGAAGAGUCCCGGCUUCGGAGGCUGGAUCGUGUGCGAUUGGUGGCACGGCUUCCCACAACUCUUCUUCCGCACCAACAACCCUGGGUACAACUAUCCAGCACCAGCAAGCUGCGCUGAGGUGUACCUCUGCCCAGUGCCUGCUCAGGUUGACUGAGACAGUAGCGCGGCAAGAUUAUGAGGUGUUCUCUGCAAUUGAUGCUACGGCGAUGCCUGCAUCGAAGGGCGGGUCAUCGUGAUUGAAAGGAAUGCGAGAAAGGUCAAAGGGACAUCAGUGAGCAAUACGUAGG